AUGAAGAGCAAAGAUAGUAGGGUUUUAAAACACCCACCUGCAGAAGUUAAAAUUGAAAGAGAUGUUGAAAAUACUAGUUCGGCCGUUGAUCAAGCAGCUACAUGUCGCAUGUGCAUGGACUCCCAAGGAAAUCCAGGUGAUGAUUUGAUAUCUCCAUGCAUGUGCAAAGGCACACAACAGUUUGUGCAUCGUUCAUGUCUAGAUCAUUGGCGAUCUGUCAAGGAAGGUAAUGCCUUUUCACAUUGCACAACUUGCAAAGCCCAGUUCCAUCUUCGAGUUAUUGAUUAUGGAGAAAAUUCCUGGCUCAAAGUUAAAUUCAGACUAUUUGUUGCCCGGGAUGUUUUCCUUGUAUUCCUGGCCAUACAAACAGUGAUUGGACUGAUGGGAGGACUCAUAUACCAUGCUGACAAACACGGUUCCCUCAGGAAUGCUUUUAAUGAUAAGUGGGAUUGUAUAUUGUCAAAGCACCCGAUACUUUUCUACUAUUCUAUAGGGGUCAUUGUCUUCUUUGUGUUGUUUGGGAUCGUUGGGAGCAUACUACAUUGCUAUUUUAGCAGAGGCUGUGACUAUCUUUACUGUGGCGGCAUGGGUAAUUGCCACCCAGGCUACCUUGGAGCUGAUCCUGAUGAGGCGGGUGUGGUGCUCCUAGUUUUGGUGGUAAUAUUAUUACUGAUUCUUGGCAUUACGUAUCUCUUUCUUGCUGCCACCAUGGCUACCCAGAGGAUCUGUCAGAGACACUACCACAUCCUCACCAAGAGAGAACUUACACAGGAGUAUGUAGUAGAGGAUCUUCACGGUUGUUACACCCCUGCAAAACUAAAUCCAAAGCACGAGGAGCGCUUAAAUAAUUUAAAGCUUUUCUAA